GUGGCUGCUAGAAAAGCUUAUCAGAGAGGAUGGAGAUUGAGAGAGUGCAAGACAUUGCCUGUCUUUCAAAAGACACCAUCCCAGAAGUGUUCAUUAGAUCAGAGAACGAGCAACCAAUAAUAACCACCGUUCAUGGCGUAAACCUUGAGGUGCCAGUCAUUGACAUGAGCGAACUAGAUGAACAAAAGCUUACCCAUUUGAUAGUCGAUGCUAGCCAAAAAUGGGGAAUGUUCCAAAUAAUCAACCACGGCAUCCCUGAUGAGAUUAUGAACCAGUUUAAAAGUGUGGGUAAGGAGUUUUUUGAGCUUCCACAGGAAGAAAAAGAAGUUUAUGCAAAAACACCGGGAACCAACUCUGUAGAGGGCUAUGGAACAUCUCUUCAGAAAGAAAUUCAGGGCAAGAAAGGCUGGGUUGAUCAUUUGUUCCACAAAAUAUGGCCGCCUUCUGUUAUUAACUACAAGUUUUGGCCUAAAAAUCCACCUUCUUACAGGAAGGCCAAUGAAGAGUACGCAAAGAGCUUACAUGGAGUGGUAGAUAAACUAUUCAAGAGCUUGUCAGUAGGGCUAGGACUUGAAGAGACUGAACUGAAGGAAGCUGCCGGUGGGAAUGAGUUGGUUUACCUUCUUAAAAUAAACUAUUAUCCACCGUGCCCACGGCCAGAUCUGGCGCUUGGGGUGGUGGCUCACACUGACAUGUCGUGCAUCACCAUUCUUGUGCCCAAUGAUGUUCAAGGUCUUCAGGCUUCUAGAGAUGGUCACUGGUACGAUGUCAAGUACAUCCCUAAUGCGCUAGUCAUCCAUAUCGGUGACCAGAUUGAGAUAUUGAGCAACGGAAAGUACAAGGCUGUGCUUCACAGGACAACGGUGAACAAAGACAAAACAAGAAUGUCAUGGCCAGUGUUCUUGGAGCCUCCGACGGAGUUCACGGUGGGGCCUCACCCCAAGCUCGUCGACGAAGAAAAUCCGGCCAAAUACAAGACCAAAAAGUAUGGAGAUUACUGUUAUUGUAAGCUCAACAAGGUUCCCCAGUAGUGGUAGUUGUGUGCUGAGAUGAGUGGUGGAAGAAUGUGAGAGUGAAAUAAACUUAAGGAGGCUUAUUGAGAUUAUCUAGUAAUGAUAAGUUGUAUUAAUUCUCUGUCAUUUGAUUAUUGAAAAAUAAAUUAAAAUAGAUUAAGCAGCAA